AUGGGUGUUGACAAGCUUGAGUUCACCGGAUCGACGGGCACGGGGCAGAUCGUGCUGGAACUGGCGGCGAGGAGCAACCUGAAGCUGGUGACGCUGGAGCUUGGUGGCAAGUCCCCUUUCGUCGUCAUGGACGACACCGACGUUGACGAGGCCGUCGAGCUCGCGCACCACGAGGUCUUCUUCAACCAGGACGAAAUGAAGAUCGCUCGGGAGGAGAUAUUCGGGCCGGUGCUGGCCAUCCUUAAGUUUAGCGGCAUGGAGGAGGUGAUCCGGCGUGCGAACGCGACGCACUACGAGCUGGCGUCAGGGGUGUUCAUGCAGAGCCUCGACGCGGCCAACAUGCUGUCCCGGGCGCUGCGGGCGAGCACUGUGUGGGUGAACUGCUACGACGUGUUUGACACCAGCAUCCCGUUCAGCGGCUACAAGAUGAGCGGCGUCGGGCGGGAGAAGGGCAUCUACGCCCUCCGCAACUACCUCCAGACCAAGGCCGUUGUCACGCCCAUCAAGGACACCGCGUGGCUGUAA